AAUCUUCCGCAUUUAACCGCACACUUUGUUGGAAGAGACGCGGAAGUAAAGGAAAUCGAAAAGAAACUGCAGACCUUUCGUAUGGUUGUUCUUCUUUCUAUCCCAGGAAUGGGGAAGACUGAAAUGGGAAUCCGUGUAAGUCACUUGUUAAAGGAAAGAGGUGACCAGUUUAUAACACAUAUUCGAGUAGAAAGUCAUCAUCAGAAGCUCGCAGACAUCUGCAGUGAGAUUCUUCAUCGAUUAAGUAGUCGCCACUGGUCGCCAACCGCUGAUUUUAUGUCUAUUGCGAAGUGUAAACUGUCGGAGCGAAAUAUCCCAACUGUCAUUGUACUAGACAAUACAGAGAAUAUACAGGGCGAGGAAUUUGAUGAAUUCGCUAAAUGGCUCGUGAAAUCUGCCCCGAAUGUACAGUUGAUAAUCACUACUCGAAAAGAUGUUGGAUUCUUGUCGGCAGACGUGUUUACGUUUCGUCUCAAACCUUUGGAUCCCGACUCAUCUGCUACACUGCUUCGGAGUCUUGUUGAUGACUGUAGUGAGGAACACUCCAAGGAACUUGCGAAAUUAUGUGGUGGAAUACCACUCCUACUUGUGACCUGUUCAGACUCGCUGAACAAUGGUUUUAGUCGCGAGCUGUUAAUCCAAGAACUAGGGAAUAAUCCCAUACGACUUUUCAGGAUCAGUGCGAACGAUGUUUAUAACACACUAGAAGUAUUUUUAACACUUUUUCUAAAGAGGUAAAAACAAAUCUUGUCCUUUUUUCUGUUUUCCCAUCGGAGUUCUCAGCUCAAGACAUUCAGUUUCUUUUUGAAGAUUCUUUACACUGUGAGACAGUGAAGACCAGGAUGGUCAAGUAUGCUCUUCUUCAGAGGGACGCCGAUGGAAAAAUGAGGAUGCAUCCUUUGGUCCGAGCCUACUUCCGAACAGAGAAAGAAUCUCUAGGCAUGGCUGACCUGUUGCGCGCCACUCAGUGUGAAUUUAACCGUCAUUACCUUGGUCAGCUGAGAGUCUGGAGCAAAGAGUUUAUCAGCAAAAAUUCUGCUUUGAUUGCGAUCCAUAAGUUUCGACAGCAGAAAGCGAACGUCAUGGAAGCGCUGAAGAAUUGUUUCGAAGACUCUUGCGAUUUAGAUGACAAGAAUUUCGUUUUAGACGUCGUCAACAGUACAGAAGUGCUGGAUUUUGUGGCAAAAGUUCUAACACCCCCUAAAGAGUGCACAGUGCUGUACCAGAAAUGCUGUGAUAUCGCAGAAGCGUCCGGCGAUAAGAGGAGGCAUGCAGAGAGCUUGAAUUCACUGGGAUUCCGUCGUCUCUGUGACGUGUCUCACAGCAAAGACAGCCCUGAAGAAAACCAAGUCACACUUGCAAAGUUUAAGAAAGCAUAUGACAUGCGCAGGACAUUAUCAGAGGAGGAUCAAAAGUCCCAAACGCAUGCGCACACCGCUAGUAAGCUGGGAGUGUGUUUUGUGCUGCAGGUGAGACCAUAGUAAAUAUAAAAGAGGACUGUGUGUCGUUUUUUGUUUUGAUUUUCCUUCUUAUCCCUCCCUUUUAAGGAGAAUUUUUCUCAGUGGCUUCCUUUUUAAGUACUAUCCCUCUUAUGUGGGGCUCAUGGGAAUCUAACGCCAAGGCGAAGUGUGCAAGUUCUCCUCUUCUACCGAAGAUUUUAGAAAUCUAAUGAAACUUUAUCAAUAAUGGCGAAAAUGGAUGACUUUGCGUCAAUUCUAAUGGAGCAUCACUCCCACUAAGGUAGACUGGACCCGGAUAUUUACGAGAGUAAUUUGUUUUUCAGGGAGAAGAAAAAAAAGGACGAGAGCUCAUACAGGAAGGAAUUUUAAUAAGAGAUUCUUUAGGCGACCGUUUGUAUGUUGCUGCUGGAAACUGUGACCUUGGAAGUAAGUAA